CCUUCCCAAUUAGGACCAUCGAGAAUGGUUCGUGCAUUGUGCACCAACUUGGCGAUCGGCCUCGCCCUUAUGGUCUGCGUCGGACAACCCUGGACCGUUUUGGCCAUCGACUUAAGCCGAUUUUAUGGCCACUACAACGCGAAAAGAACCGGAGAGCCUUGCCAUCCGUACGAACCAUUCAGGUGUCCAGGCGAUGGUGUUUGUAUUUCGAUACAAUACUUAUGUGACGGUGCCCCUGAUUGUCAAGAUGGAUAUGACGAGGAUUCGCGAUUAUGUACAGCAGCUAAAAGACCACCUGUGGAGGAAACAGCGAGCUUCUUACAAUCUCUUAUAUCGAGUCACGGACCUAAUUACCUCGAAAAAUUAUUUGGCAGCAAGGCAAGAGAUUCUCUUCAACCUCUAGGAGGGGUGAACAAAGUUGCGAUUGCCCUGUCAGAAUCUCAAACGAUUGAGGAUUUUGGGGCAGCAUUGCACCUGAUGCGAUCGGAUUUGGAGCACUUGCGUUCAGUCUUCAUGGCAGUGGAAAAUGGCGACCUGGGAAUGUUAAAAUCCCUCGGGAUCAAGGAUUCGGAGCUGGGUGAUGUCAAAUUUUUCUUAGAGAAACUUGUCAACACCGGCUUCCUCGACUAGAUUUUGUAAUCUUCUUGUCAACGCAUCUGCCUCCUCCAAUGCUUGAAAAAUCUCAGCAUUACGAGCCACUUUUGCCCCUUUAAAUCCUCUAAAUCUCUUCCUCGACAAUCCUUUUCCACCAAUCACCGAAAAUAACAAAGGAUUCUAUGUUACUAGGAACAAGGCUUUUUCAUCUCAAAAGUGGCUUGGUUAAUUUUAGGAGGGCAGAAUCGAUACAGAAUGAUCAAAAUGCACCUUCGCUAUUCGAUCAAUAUCUUCGAUCAUCAAAAGAUCAUCAAGAUCAAAGAUAAAAGAUCAUUUCUUAAAGGACACGAUUCUCCAAUUUUCGCAUGCAGAUAGGCAUUUUUUGAGAAGAGGGACUUGGGGCUAAAAUUAGUAUAAAUAUUAAUUUAGUAGUGCGCAAGGCCUAAGACGAUUGUGGAAAAAAAUAAAAUUACCAUCGCAAUAACAAAAAAAGAGAAAAAACUAUUGAAUCUCAUGAUGAUAAUGCACAUAAUUUAAUUUUUACCUCUUAGGUGACAACUCAAUUUUAAAUUGUUGAUCCCUUCGGUUAGAGUAAUUUGCGACAAUCCAAUGCGGAAAACGAGAGACACUAGAGAAAAUGCGCUCCUAAAUAAUUCAGAAUUUAUCAAUGACCAUCCUGAAUACUCUUCCAAUAUAAGAUGUCUUCUGAAAAUUCUUGGAUUAAAUCUACAGGAGUUUUAUUAUCGCUAAUAAAUAUCCUAUAUAUUUAUCCCCUAGGAGAGACUUUUAUAGACGUUUUGCGCUAUUAAGGUUAUAGUGCCAAUUCUCGUUUCCGCUCGCUAUAAUACGAAUUUUAAUUCCAAACGUCAAUUCUAAACGAGCUUACUACUUGAUUAAAAUACUGAUUAGAUUUUGUAAAAGAUUUAAAACUACUUUUAUUUCAUUGACUUUUCAAUUGAUUAAGUUAGGCUCUUGAGAAAAGAAUUUGAUUCUUUAAGAAAAAAGAGCUUUGAUGCACGCUUUAAUCUCGACAAUCACUGUAAAUUGCUAUCAUUGAGUUUUAACUCUCCCUUCGAUAUUUAAUAUUUAUCGAUUCACGGACUUGUCGCCUAGCCAAUAAAAUCGUCGAUUCAACGAUCUAGGGUCAAGAGACCAAGGAUUGCAGGUAGCGACCUUAUUAUAACCAGUCCACCCAAUGAAGACAUAUCAUAGUUCUAUAUUGCAAAGGCCUGAUGCGCGACUGUAUUGGAAGCCUCGAUUAUAAAUAUCGUACAUAUUAAAAAACGUAUCUCGAUGUAUAAUAAAUACAUAUUACUAAUAUUAUUAUACGAAGUAAGGAAAAUCCUACUUGAUUCUAGAAUACACCCACAAGAUUACUCCUUUUCAUUUCACCAAGAGAAAUAAUUAUAUCCCUUUAAUUUUAUAAAUUGCUAAAAGGAAAAAAGUAAUUUCAAUAUUCCUUAACAGAAUUGAAUUCGUUUAAACUUUUACUGGACUGGGAAGUAAAGUUGAAACUACUUUCCAAAAAAUGUCCACGCCUGGUCAAAAAAACCCUCAUUACAUUUUGAGAGGUCAUGAAUUUAAGUGAAGUUUACAAUGAAAAAGGAAUUUUGAAUGAGUGAAUUCUUGAGGGUUUUUGUAAGAAUAUUUCAUAAUCAAGUGUAGUCUUUGUUGAGCCUGACCGAAAAGGUACAUUUAUCAGAGGGUAGAAGAUAUUUUGGUAUAAAAUAAAAAAGGCUUUCGUAAGCCCUUAUUAUAUAAUCAGAAGAGAGAUUAUUGAAAUUAUCAGCAUUGAGAAUCUAGCGAAUAUAGGGACUCCGAAAAUAUGGUAUUUUGUGUAACUAUUUACAACCAUGUAUCACGAAUCAUAGUGAAGAGUUAAAAGUACGUUCUUAGCGAUAUUUUGUGUAGGAGAGAUUAUACAGCACUUUUGAACAUGAAUUUCCAGAUAUCGAAAAUUAAUAUCUAAAAGUGCUUGUAUGUAUCUUUCAUGUUCUAUAGGCUCACCGAAUUCUCUUAUUGAAAUUGUAACCUAUUCGUUUAAAAUUAAUUUUUCUCUUUAUUUUAUUUUGCAAAUCUGCAGAGAUCACAUUGAUGGCGUCCACGAUCCAAAAUAGGGCCUGGUUCGUAAAAACGAUAAACAUGUGGAUAUAGAUUCGAAAUAUUUAGAGACUUUUAAACUAUCUAAAAAUGAUGGACAAUUAUUUCAAAGAAGUGCUGAGAAUAGAAUUAUAAAGUAGAUAUCGAAUCUGUUUUCGCAAGUUUAUGGAAUGCUGCAAUGUGAACCGCUGUCAGAACAAUUACAUGGAGUCCAUCACUGCGGACAUUGAAUUUUGGAAGUUUCCCCUCGAGAGCGUACAUUGUGCAGAAUACAUUCACAAUUGUGAGAUUCUGUACGUUAAUAAGUGGAUGUAACAAUUUAUAAAAGAAAAUUAUAAGAAUUAUUGUUAAUCUUUUCUAUUGAAUCGAAACAUUUUGAUGCUUAUACCAUUUAAGGUGGCGUUCUGAUAUUAUAUCCGAUUGAAUUAAUUGUAUGAUAAUUUGUAUCGAUCUUGUAUUAGAGAUAGGCAUUAGAAUAUAAGAAGAAAUGCUUACAUGGCAAAUUGUUGGUAAAUUGCGUUUGUGAGGCCACUAUAUGCGCAGCGUACUUACAAGUACUUAUCUUCGUGACAUAUCAAUACAUAUCAAUUGAACAUAGGUCAUAAGAAAACUUAUGGAUGAGGCUUCCUUAAAUAUUUGACUCCUUUUUAUUUUUUUAUCUUUCCAGAACGUUAAGAAUAUUUUUGUCAUGACAUUUAUUAUGAGAUUGAUCUCAAUUUUCUACAUCAAUACUAAUUUGUAUAAAACCAAGAAGCUGCGUAACAUGAUUUAUCAAAUUUGAAAUCCAAAACGAAUUUCCCUGCUUUGCAUUGAAUUUUAUUUUUCUUUAAAUUAUAAUGCUUGAACAUUUAAUACAAACAAAAUGAAUACAUUUUUUUAUCUAUAAAUGUAGGAAGGAAGUUUAGUUUGGAUCAAUAUUCUAUAGCACUGUUUUUAAAUUAAUUCUGAAUAUUCGUAAUUGACAAUUAGUGUAACAAGAUGAAGCUUAUUGUUAGGGUAAUUGCAUCUAAAGUUUCGUAGUACAUCGUGUGACACAUUUUUCAGUUUCGUGCACAAGAAAAAACAAUUAAUACCAUUUUAACAGACUCUCUAUGUGUGAUAACUGUACAUAUCAUUCGAAUAAGAUGACUUUGUGAUUAAGCGAUUAGUUUAAGUAUUACGCAUUCUACAAUCCAGUUAUAUAUUAAUGUGUGUGUCUUAUUGCGUGGAUUAUACGUACACGGUUGAGUGUUAUUGUGGGUAUAAUACACAUUUUCUCUUUCUAAAUUGAAAUCAGUCAAACUUUACUAAUUAAAUGCUGAAUCAACAGACCUUUUUACAGAAAUAUCAGUAAUUAAGGUUAGAAAUGUUUUUCUGAUUCAAGUUUAGUGAGCAACACUAACUACAAAUAAUGAGUAGGUUGAAGACUACGAAUUAUUUACACACACACUAUAAAUGCACAGAGAGAUUACGUUUUUGAUCAUAAUCAAAAAGAACCCAUGCCUCUGAUUUUCAAUUUAUUAAUUAAAGAUUCUGCUUAAUUUUUUGAAAGAAAAGGGGUAAGAUAUUUUUAAUUUUAAUGAAGAUAUUUAUUUUUUAGUAUAAUUUCUUCAGAUUACUUAUUUUGCUCGAGGGUCCCUAUUUCUCAAGAGAGAAAUAGAGUGUUUUCGUUGAAUCAUUUAAGUGGAUGAAUACGAAAAAAACAAACAAUUCUUUUUAGGUAGAAAAUCAAUCGUGUUGAAUGAUUGUAAGAUAAUCUAUGAUAAUCCACCGUCAAUAUUUUCACAAUACAAAAAACGAUGCACACAUGCGUCUAGGAAUUUCUAGAAAAGGUCAGAUAUUAUUAUUUUCUAAUACAAAAUUUGUGUUGGUUAACAAUUAUAAAUUAAAGAAUCGAAAAUUAUUUCUAUAUUUUUGGUUGAAACUAUUCGUUUAGUAAAAACUGAAUAGGUAUUCAGCGAGGUAUGCAAAGAUAAUAUUCGUUGAGAAGUUAAUUAUAAGUUGUGAGCGCGAUUAAAACUAAUUUUUUGCUCAUAGAUAUUUACGACCUAAGAACUUAAAAAGGGACAAAAUGUUAUAUGUUACACUUGAAGUAUUUGAGGAGAAAAGACCCUUUUAUCAAUUUUAUGUGACCUGGUAAUUACGGACUGGCUGAAACCACCAGUAACUACUGUGCCACUUACAGGAACUAAUCGAUACGUUUUAUAACCUAAUUUCUAAAUUUUCAUUAAUCUACUUUUUUUAAUUCCUAAACGCUUCGCUGCAACAUCGCGCAGUACAAAAAAUGAAAUGAAUGGAAUUGUUAUUGUUUCUCCUCUAAGUGAAUUUAUAUCUGACAAAAUAAAAGGGGUUGGUGUUUAAAUUUUAGAAAUUCAGAACCAGUGAAUGAAUCUUUACAUUUAUUCAUCCGCAUUUGAUUAUAUGAAUUUAUUCUAAUAGUAAAAUAAUUAUCCUGACUGGAGAAAUUUUCUUUGCACCAAAGAAGUUAUUUAUAUGUAUAAUUAUUUUAAACAAUAUUUCAAUAUCGAGAAUGUUGAGUUUAGAUAUAUUUUUAUUACUGUACAUGUAUAGUCUGAUAAAAGCGGUUCUUCAAAUAAUUACUUUCUAUUGUUAACUAUGUAUUACAGAAUUAUAAUCUACAAUACAUCUUUAGCCAUUUAUGUAAAAUUGACUUUUUUUUAAAUACAACUGCUAAAAAAAU